CGCUGCCCGGUGUGCGCAGGUGGUUGCACGUGAAUCUCCGUGAUGGCCAGCAGCUCUGACGUGGUGAAGAAAAUCAUACGGUUCAAAUUUCAGCUGGCAGACACAGCAGAGCCUGCUACGGUUGUAAGAAUCUUGCAGAAACUGAAGGAUCUCGAUAUCACAUUAGACAUACUUGCUGAAACUGGAAUUGGGAAAACAGUUAAUUCUUUGCGGAGACACAAACAGGCUGGAGAAUUUGCCAAGUCACUGGUCAAAGGUUGGAAAAAACUGGUGCCGAAGGAAACCAUAAGCAGCUAUGGAGAAGGUGGAGUUUUUUCAGAGACUGUUUCUGUUAAAAACAAAGAAGAUGACCAAACAUGCCCAGAAAAUGGAAGUUUCCCACCUGAUGUAAACAAUAACUGCUUCAGUUCUAAUCACAAGAAUGGAGACUCUUCAGAUGAGACCCCCUUCAAAACAUGUGGUAAGAAAGCUGACUUACAGAGAGGAAACUGUCACGAGGGGCAACGAAACAUUAAGGAAAGCAAAAAAUAUGAAAAAAGUCAACAGGAAAACUACAAAAUCUUUCAAAAGGACAAAUAUGAAAUUCAAGAGGACAAAUGGGAAAACUCUGGAUCGAAGAAGAAAAACCGUGAUUCUUUGCUUGGAAACAAAAACUUGGAGGGUACUUGUAAGAGAUCUAGAUCUGACUCCAGAGAGAAGUUUAAAGAUGCCUCUGACAGGGGAAGAUUUGGGUCAGAAAGAGAAUCAAAUACAAAAUCAAAGCCAUCAAAAGAAUGGCCAACGGAAAGCAAGAAGUCGCUUUCAUCCAACAAGAAAGACUCAAAAAUGUUAAAAGCAGCCAAGGAUGACAGAUCUUCACGAGUAAGCUCAGAAGCCCAAAACAGAAAAAAGAAAAAAAAGGAAGAGAAACAUGAUACUCAGAAAUACAAACAAGACUAUGAAAAUAAUGAACAUUCACAACACAAAAAGGCCAAGAUGAGUCACAAAGACGGGGAGAGUAACAGUGAUAAAGAAGAGCCUGCCAUGUCUUUUGAAUCUUGCUUGAACUAUGAUGUGAAUGCUUUGAAGAGAAAAGAGCAAACUGGAGUCAAGAAAACUUCCAAAAAAUUCAAGACUGCAGCAAAAGAGCAACCAAAAGAUGUAUGCAUGAAACCCGUGAAGUUACCUGCUGCUGCCCCAGAACAGACGCCUCAGGAAUCUUUGAUGCACCUGAUGGACGUUCCUUUACCUGCUGCUCUGCCUGAUCUAGAAAAGCCGUCAAGUGUUGAUUACUACUAUGAAAGAAAAGUUGAGAGGGAGCCAGAUUUCUGUGACGCCUCAGAAGAGUCUGCAGUCUUCACCGGUCAGCGGCUAAACAGGAAGAUGCAGGUGUACUCUGGUGCCAAAACUCUUUUCCUACCAACUAUGAUGAGCUUGUAUCAACAGUGUAUCCGCACACUCCAGAACAAUAUUAACUUGCUUUAUGAAACUGGUGGAGUCCCAUUUGAACUUCUUGAGCCAGUGCUGGAGAGGUGCACACCGGAGCAGCUGCUACGAAUUGAGGAAUGCAACCCAAUCUACAUUGGAGUCACUGACCACUUGUGGGGAAAACAUUGCCAGAGGGAUUUCAAAGACUUCAAACUUCAAGAGUAUGAAUCAUGGAAAGAGAUGUAUAUCAGGCUUUCUGAAGAGAGAGAAAAAAAGCUCCAAAGGUUGACAAAAACCAUUGUCUCGGCACAGUCUAAGAAGCUGAAGGGGCGGCAGGUGAAGAUGGCAUUUAUUCACACCGUUGCCAAGCCACCAAGAGACGUGCGAAUUCAGCAGGAAAUUCAUGGAACUGCUGUUCAGCAGCCUCAUCAGCUCAAGUGCAGUACCAAAGUUCAGGACAACCAGAUGAGGUCCAGCUAUAAUGAACUCAACAGGCCCCGCAGCACCAGUUCUGGGGGAAGCAAUACACCAGAACCCCGCAAAAAAACAAGAGUUGCUCCAAUGAUGGCAAAGUCUUUAAAAGCAUUCAAGAAACUGGGACGCAGAUAAAUGUUAAACUAUGUUGAUAUUUACGGUGUGCAGAUGUACAAAAUAUGUACUUUAUUAUUCAUUCAAUUUCAACAGCAUUAGGCCCAUUUUAAUUUAUUAGUCUCUGUUUGGAUGUUUUGACCUUAAUGCAACUGCCAUGUUUUUUUUCUG